AUGCCGCUGCCAACUGCUCGUUUCAGGUUCAUCCCGGAAUUCGCUACGGGUGAGGUGCCGGAGGCCGGAGGGUCCCUGGAAAGCCUGCUCAACCGCUCGUCGCUCAUGGACGUUCCCUUUCGGGGGAUGCAGCGGCAGCACCCCCUUGUGUACCUCGCAGCCUUGGACGAUCCAUCCCCCGCCGCUGGCACGAUCUCGGAUAUCAACUUCCAGGCUUACGCCGGGUUCGAUAUGACUGGUUACCUGGAAUGGGGCUUGGUUGGGGUAUGCGACAGUUGGGAUGAAACCACCUACACCGGGGACUCGUACGAGCCGCGAUGCAGACUGUGGUACCAAGACGCCAUCGAGAACGGCAACACCGGGGUCAUCUUCACCAACCCUUACGAGGACGCCGACUCGGAGAAGCUCACCAUGUCUGCCGCAGCGCCGGUCUUCAACUUGGCCGGCACCGUGGCCGGAGUGGUUGGGUUGGACAUCAACACGACAAACAUCGAGAGCUCCAUCAAGGACCUCAAUGUCAUCAACGACGACGGUUAUGCCUACCUGCUGGCCCCGGGCGGGGACGGGCAGGUGGCCGUUCACAGGGACUUGUUGGACUACGGCGGCGUGAACUACAUCCUGGACUUGGAGUUCGGAGACGGCGCCGACGAAAACGGCGAGGAGGAAUCGCAGUUUCUUGAUCUUGUCACCGAGAUCUCCGCCACCUGCUCCGGCUCCGCCGAGUACUCGAGGGACGGGAGUGCGUGGAUCCUGGCCUGGAAGCACGAGACCGUGAGCGGCGCCGGCGCGUCUACUGCCAGCGACAGCUGCGGCGACGGUGGCUUCAUCGCCGUGGUGACGGUCAGCGAAUCGGUUCUGUUGGAGGCCUUCUCCGAGACGAAAUCACAGAUUUACCGGGUGGUUCUCUUCGCGAGCUUCAUCAUGGUCCUGGUGCUGGUAGCAAUCGCCUGCAUCACGAGUGUCACUGCUCGAUUCGUGGCUGGCGGGAUCGAGGGUCCGAUCAACCAACUCAUCGGUGCCGUGUUCGCACUCAACAGGAUGGAUUUUUCGCGGCAGCCGCCAGGGACUCGGAUCGUCCACGACAUGCCCUCCAACGACAUGCUCCCCCCCGAGGUUGACGACUUGGUGGAAGCCUUCGAGUCCAUGAAUACGGCAGUAAAGUUCGCCAACACAACCCUGGCCACAGGUAACAUAGCCGUGGCGAAGUCCAUCUACAUGGACGCCCUAGAACUCUUCACAAAGCUAGGAAACGACCGCGGAAUCGGCAUCGUGCGGAACAACCUCGGCAACGUUUGCGCGAUGGAGGCCGGAGAGCUCGUGGCGCAGGCAAGGGAUGCACGAAAUCCGACCCAAGCCAAGGCCCUCAUGGAAGCGGCGCUGCUGAUUUUUAUCGACGCCGCCAUCAACUUCAAGCUCGCCAUCGACGACGCCGAGAUGCUCUGCGCAGCCACCAAUUACCAACCGAAUGGUGCUUUACCUCAGCACCCGAGCGCCCACCACGGUGGUCAUGACGGUGUCGGCGAGACCAAGUUUGAUGAAGACGUUGAGGCUGCAAAUGCUGCACUCGCGGAUGUCGACACAAACGACGACGAUGACGACAACACGUCACACGCCGCUCUUGACCGGCAGCUCGCUAGCCGCAAGUCUAACCUCGCCCGGUGCACCGAAGCCAGGGGCAAUAGCGCCGUUGCAACGGGAGGGAAGCCAGACCUGGAAAUCAUCCACGAGGCCAGGAAUCUGUUGCAGGAGUGCCUCCAGCUAACCUCCGCCGGCCAAAAUAGCGGAGGAAACCGCAACAAUGGCGACACGAAGAACGACCUACAGCGAUUUGGAUACCUCCUCCAAUUGUCCGUCCUGGAGCGAGGGCAAGGUAGAUCUCAGGAAGCAGGGGAAGCACUGGAUGCAGCCGAGCUGGUGAUCGCGCCCUACGAGAGGCAAUACGUCGACGCGGGGCCGGGGGCGGCGAUGACUACGCCGCUGGAAACACCAGUGCACAUCCUCCGCCAGAGGCUUUUGGAAGCGCGCGCCGCCCUCAGUGUAGCAAACGACUACCACGAGGAGGCAAUCGAUCACUACACGCAAGCCUUGAUAGGGACGGGAGACAUAAUCGACCCCAGCGUUGCCAGGGCAUCGCUCUUGGGGCUCCGCGGUCUGGCCUCUGACGGCAACUACGGCCGCCUUUUCUCCUCCGAGCUGCUGGUAGCGUUGAGUUUGCAUCCUGGAGCGGGCAAGGACCCCGAGUGCUUGACUUCGGCGAUCGACCACGGUCUGGACAGGGUUAACCGGGUCGAAACGAGAAUGGCAGCGGCGCGGAAUGAUUCUACUAGGAAGACCGACGUAGAUUUAUGCUUCGUGAUGGACUGCACAGGAUCGAUGCAACGGUGGAUCGACCAGGCCAGGACUAGGUUGCUGGACAUAAUCGACCAGGCAAAAGAGGACGUCGCCAACAUCAACCUGCGGGUUGCUUUCGUUGGGUAUCGCGACUUCGGAGACAGAGUGCAGUACGAGUCGUUCGACUUCCACAAGGAACAAGAUCUUCCCAAGCUUCGCGCCAAGCUCAACAAAAUUAAGGCCUACGGAGGCGCUGACUUCCCAGAGGACGUUGCCGGAGGGUUGAAGCUCGCCACGGAGCUGGACUGGAGGGGCACAAUCCGCCUUUGCAUCCUCCUCGCCGACGCCCCGUGCCACGGCUCGAUGUACCACAUCGGGAUCGGGGACAGGUACCCGAACGGCUGUCCGAAGGGAAACGACCCAUCCAAGCUGCUCUACGAACUACAGUACGAAAUCGGUGCCGACUUCUACUUCAUCAAAAUGACACGACACACGGACAAGAUGAUCAGGGUGCUGCAGAACAGGGCGGGGGCUAUGUGGGACAGCAACGCCAGGCCUCGCCGUUCUUCCCGGCAAGGGGCCAGGGUGGCCAGCAGGCGUGAUAUCAUGGUGCACGACCUUGGCUCGGAGGACAACCGCUUCCUGGAAGUAGUUGUGGAAAGCGUCAAGGACAGCGUCACACACUAUCGGUAUCGGUUCGAACAGUAGUCUCCCAGAAAAAUCACCGAAGAGGAGGGGCUGGAUCUUGUCUGGACCUGGGGUCUUUAGCGGAGUUUGAAUCCUGCUCGCGCGUAUUUACCAGCCAUGCGCUUUCUAUGGUGAACGCGUCGAGAUGGGUGGGUGAGAUGCGAGCCUUAAGUUGUUGCACCCAUCACUGCGGUCCGAGGCCCAUCACGAUGCACGCAGGGCGGAUGAUAUUGCCCAAAAUUAUGGUGGAAGUCAAGGGUAAGGAUGCACCUCAAGCAUUCGUGGGGUUGAUUGUGGUUUAUGGAGAAUCGGCGCUAUUCCCAGAACUUCGGCGGGCUUUGUCUUCGGUGUCACUUCCAAUGAGAGAGCGAGGAAAAGAGAUGGCGAGAAAUACGGAAAGAAAAAAGACAGAAAGAAAGUGCUGCAUGAUAAAGGACCCCAUCUGUGGACGUUGGAGCGACGGUGUUGCCAUAUCCGGCUGUUGUUUUCUUAGCCAGCCAGUGUUUUCCUAAUUCUUGACCAAUUUUUUCUCGAAAACACGCGUUUUCGAGGAAUAACAACACGGUACAACUGUAUGUAGGAGACGUAAAUUGAUGAGCCUGUUGGGAUGGCCAAAGGCGUAGAUCAACGCGGAUGCGAAUCGAAGCGCUCACGACGUUUCGCUUCGAAACCCCUACAGGGAAGCAAGCCUUGUUCGAUCUAUGUACAGCACAUGUGUUCGUUGUGUGGGUGUCUUUCACUUCCUAUCUUUGUUGUCUUUUGUUUCCCAGUUGAUCUGACAAGGGUUGUGUCCUCGUCACCCGUAUCCUUCGGACCACUAGCACCUACCUACUGUAGUUCCCUGUAGAGGUGUAGACGAUGUUUGCUUGUUGGCAGCACCUACAGGGAGGCAAACCCUCGGUCGCUUUCUCUUCGAUCUUUGUACAGACGAACGUGUUUGAUUGUCUUCCAUUUCGUGUGUUGUUUCUUUCCUUGGCUACUUGAUCCGCCAAAUGCCACGCGUAUUCUUACCCAAAAGCCUCGGUUCCCGUAAACGGUUCGCCUCCUUGAUGUCGGCGUCUGUUUACCCUGCAUGUGUGUACCGGUAGUACAGAGAGUUUUUAAAAGUGGGGGCGAACGUUGGUUCGUUGCGGGUCGCGCACGUAGUUUGAUUCUAUCUUGGUUGAUCGACUUCACGUGGUGAAGUUUUGGUUUCAAUAGUUUGCAAGCUGAAACCUUUUACGCUGGCCGUUUGACGCAAAGUACUAGGUUUUGGAGGAAGAUGUCAUGUAUGUCUGUCUUG